UACCCAAUAUUUUGGUUCAAGAAAAGCAGAGAAAAAACUUCAAUAGAAACACACACAAAAUGAGUGAAUUCAAACCAAUUCUCGUUGGAUUUGGAUACGGUUUAAAGGACUCUAUUCUAGGAAUGACAGCUAUAUUCAGAAUUGACGAUGCUAUAGARCAAAAAUACGAAGAAAAACAAAGGAAAUUGGCUGAAUAUCAGAGACAGCAUCGAGGGACCAGAACGCGACCAAAACAAGAAAAGAGCAGUUCCUCAAAACAAAUAUUAAAGAAUAUGAUUCAGUGUUGUCUGCUAAAUGGAGGAAUAUUCUGGUUAAGUAUAUUCUUAUUUGAGAAUUACAUUAUCCCUAUAUUACAAUGGAUCACUAGGAAUAUAUUUGAAUUAGUAUCUGGCAGUACGUCCCAGCAUAGCAACGUUUGGUUYUGGAUGGGACCAGCUUUAUCGUAUGUKUUUGGUGCUUUAUGGGUUCUGCCACUCUUCUGGCUUAGUAAACCUCUAAAUUCACUAUGGUUUCAGGAAAUAGCAGAUAUGGCUUAUAGAAAAAACAGAGGACGUCCAUUAGCUUUAGUUCAUAUAGCCAGGGGGGAGAGCGUAUCAAGUUAUUUCAGUAGAAGCAUAGCAGACUUUGCUUUUAGUAUUCUAUUACAGACUUUCUUUCUACUUCAGGGUCUUGUUGUUAGUUUUCUACCAGUAGUAGGCAUGAUAGCAAGUCUUGGUCACAUGUGUCUGUUGUACUCUCUGUAUUCAUUUGAAUACAAGUGGGUUAACAUGGUACUAGCUUAUGCUGAUAUCUUUUACUUCUUGUUUCAAGGAGUAAGUGUGUUGACUCUAAUGUUUUCCUUUCACAGUCAGUUUCCUAUCAAAAUAUUUGCAGCUGUUGUAUGGYUGACUAACAAAGUAUUCCAUAAAUCAAUGACAAGGCAAACAGACACUUCAAAACUUACAGCAACACCAAGUGAUUCUGGAUGAUUGUGAAUUAUAUUGUUUAUGUCACAAAAUCUUCCUAAAGUAUGGAUUGACAAUGAAAGUUGGACAAUUUACAAGUGAAAUAGGAACAAAGGCACCCAUUGUAAGUCAUCUUAACAAUGAAAUGAAACAAGAAAGUGAACAAAUAAAAAACGAACAAAAAAUUCAAUUAAAGGAAUGUCACAGAAGCCUAAGAAUUAAAGUUUGAUAAACAGAACAAUUUUACUCUACAAUUAUAGCAAUGUUGAUGUUGAUGUGUCCAAAACACACGCCAUGGUGUAUUGGUGAGUAGACUGGUCAGGAGAUAGUGUGAAGAGAAAUUUUGAUAGUGCAGAUUUUGGAAGAGAAUAAUAGGCUAUUUAACAUCAGUUACUGAACCAAAGUGAAUAAAUUGUUGAUAAUACAGGACUAAAUACAACAGUUUAAUAUUUUGAUUGACUAAAACAAUGCUCAAAAGAAUCGAAGACAAUGCUCUGGGAGAACUCAGUAGACAAUCGUCUUGCUCCCCUUAAGACUUAUCUUCUUUUCUUUUGUGCAUGACCAUUAAACCAAAGUAUCAAAAACUGAUGUUCAUGUCAGGUUUGUAGCGACUCUAAAUGAGUUGUUUUCCUGAACUUUAGGAUUUUCAAUUUUUACUCAAACCAUAAUAACAGGGCAGAGCCUGGUUUGCCUCCAAUGAAAGGACACUGUAUCAAGUGUUUCAUGAGUUGUAUAGUUGCAAAUGAAUUAUUUGAAAAAUAAUUUGUGUUAAUGUUGAUAAAAUUUAAAUCAAACUA